AUGCAAGAUCGCUAUUGGUGGGAAGGACCAGAGUUUUUGAAGAAGCCAAUAAAGGAAUGGCAGCGCCCAGUCUACCAGCUUUGGGAAGACGUAAUUGGCGACGACUCCGGCGCUUUUACCAACGACAACUUCACUCGCGAACAAGACGAGACACAUUACGCGCUCAUGGACCUCUGCCGCUACAGCACGUUUGCGAUGGCGAAACGAGGAGCAACCUGGAUUCUUCUGCUUAUGAAGAAAACCAUGUGGAGAUUAAAAAAAACGCCAAGGAUAGAAUUGUAG